AUGAAAUCAACCAACGACCUUCGUUCAUCGCUGUCGACCCUGUCGGCAGCUGCCAGUCUGACCACAAUGAGUAAGCCCAGUUCGAACAACAGCAAAGUAAGUCUCGCACACAGUCGAACACCCAGCGUGGCAGAAUCCAGCAAGGAACCAAAACCACCUACGCGGGAGGAAAUGAUUGCGGAACUACUGGAAAAGGCUAAAUUUUACACCUCCUUGUGCUUGGGAACUACGGCGAUUCUGUCGGUAUUCGCGUUUCUUUUUUUAAUACCAUUUGUGGUGGAUCCUGCCAUUUCCACCAUUGUAGCAGACUACGAUCCCGUGCCAGUUACCUGCGUAGUAACAGACCAUGUAUAUGCCGAGGGAAUGCGAAAUUGCACGUGGAGUUCCUGUCGGGAAGGUUGUACAACAGCCGCCAUUAGAUGCCACCAGCUGCUAGUCAACUACACCAAGAUUGCAUAUCAUGCAUUACAGAAGGAGCCACGGGAUCUUGAUGCUAUUGAAUGGGAUGUAAUGGAUACCAAAUUUCUGGUUAACACAGAAGGUUGUGGUUAUCCUCCACGAGUAAAUUGUACUGAAUUUGCAAAAAAAUAUGGAUACGCCCACGUAGGAGAGCCUUUUCCCUGUUACUACAGUCGUGCCUAUCCUGAAAUGGUAGUGGCUCGCUACUCGUGGGAUGACAAUCUUAAGCAUCUCAUCCUUUCGUUGAUCAUACCAAAUGUGCUCUUUGCCGUAUCGAUAGGAGUGCUUAGCUAUUGGUAUUGUCCCUGCUGCGAUAAAGCUUGCCACAAAUCUCCACGCGUCUACGCAGAAAAGUACCCUACCAAGGAAAACAAACUUCUCUGCCGUAGUGACGACGAGGAAGACGAAUUAGACUACUGA